AACAAGUUGAGCCACGACUACAUAAUGUGACGUCCUUUACGUGAUGACGUCAUCUGCUGCGCUGUCAAACCAAAAACAGAAAAGUGAAUUCUGGACAAACGUUUUUCUACUGAAGAAAGGCAUUGAAUCUCAAUCAUGGCGCUGAGCAACAUGUGUCGCCUUUUGGCUCAACCUCAGCGAUGUGCCCUCCUUUGUUUUGCUCGAGCUCAGGGGACUGCAGCGCCUGUUAGGUGGGAUGCAGAGAAGUCCGAAAAGACCAAAGCAAGUAAAGUCCAGUUCAACUGGCGUGAUGCUCUGGACUUAGAGGGCCUGCUGACAGAGGAGGAGGUGAUGAUCAGAGAUUCUUUUAGAACCUACUGCCAAGACAAACUGAUGCCACGUAUCGUUUUAGCAAACAGAAAUGAAGUGUUCCACAGAGAAAUAGUGUCCGAAAUGGGUGAGAUGGGUGUCCUGGGUCCAACCAUUAAAGGUUACGGCUGUGCGGGGACGAGCUACGUAGCCUACGGUCUAAUCGCCCGAGAAGUGGAAAAGGUGGACAGCGGUUACCGUUCAGUCAUGAGCGUGCAGUCGUCACUGGUGAUGCAUCCCAUCAAUGCGUAUGGCACUGAGGAGCAGAAGCAGAAGUACCUGCCCAAGCUAGCUCGCGGAGAGAUCCUUGGUUGCUUUGGCCUGACUGAGCCAAAUCACGGCAGCGACCCAAGCAGCAUGGAGACCAGAGCAAAGUACAACCCGUCCAGUCGCACCUACUCCCUCACUGGCUCCAAGACGUGGAUCACCAACUCCCCUGUGGCGGAUAUCGCGGUGGUGUGGGCAAAAUGCGAUGACGGGAAGAUUCGCGGCUUCAUCUUGGAGCGAGGCAUGAAAGGCUUUUCCACUCCCAAGAUUGAGGGAAAGUUCUCCCUGAGAGCAUCUUCCACCGGGAUGAUUGUCAUGGAUGAAGUGGAGGUUCCUGAAGAGAACCUUCUUCCCAAUGCGACUGGACUUGGGGGUCCAUUUGGCUGCUUGAACAACGCUCGUUACGGCAUUGCAUGGGGGGCUCUUGGGGCGGCAGAGUUCUGCUUCCACGCAGCUCGUCAGUACACGCUUGACAGGAUCCAAUUUGGAGUGCCACUCGCACGGAAUCAGCUAAUGCAGAAGAAAAUGGCUGACAUGUUGACCGAGAUCACCAUCGGUCUACAGUCUUGUCUGCAGCUGGGGAGACUCAUCGAUGAGAAAAAGUCUGCCCCUGAGAUGAUCUCAAUGCUAAAGCGGAACAGCUGCGGUAAAGCACUGGACGUAGCCAGACAGGCCAGAGACAUGCUGGGAGGAAACGGCAUCGCGGACGAAUACCACAUCAUCCGCCACGUCUUGAACCUGGAGGCCGUCAACACAUAUGAAGGUACCCACGAUAUCCACGCAUUGAUACUGGGCCGAGCAAUCACUGGUCUGCAGUCCUUCACUGUGGACAAAUAGAGCCGCAUUCUUGUCGCUGCUUUCAACCAAUCGGGAGUUUGAAAAGACUGUACACGUCAAUUCUGUAAUAUGACCGCUGACUAUAAAGAGAGAUAUUUUUGUAAUUUGAAUAACAUCCUGUUUUGUUUAAAAACAUGAUUCGAUUAGGAAGUUGUGACGUGACGAUUAGAGUUGCUGUCGGUUACUGAUAAGAGAUAAAACGGCUCUCCAUAUCUCAACGUUUGAAAUAGAACCGUAAUGAACGGUUGUCCGAGAUAAGACAUGAUGCUGUAGCACUUUACUGGUUCCUUUCCUGAGAUGAUCAUGACUCCAUGAUUCGCGAAAGGUCAAGUUUGCAUCAACGCUUUUGAAUAAAGAGUAUUUUAAAAAGUUCA